AUGCACCAGAGCAUUAAUACAUUGUACCUCCAAUGAGUGGAAAACCUGAUGAGAAACUUAGAGUUCCUACUUGUCUGUGAACUUACAUUUUCCCUCUGGUUUACCUCAAUACUGAAUACGGAUUAGAAUUGUAUGCAGGAGGAGGUUUGUUACAGUUUAUGACCACAAGGUGGCGACAGUACGUUAUUUUUGUUGAUAACUCAUGACUUGCGCUUUUAAAAAAAGAAAAAUGUUUUAAAACAUUGGGACAAGUAGUCUAGCUUCUUCGUUAUCGCUUGUUGAUAUAACAGGAAAUAAAGCAAAGGCAGUUUUAUUUUAUUUGUUUAAAUCAAAUGCCGCUUGACACUGUUUUGACCUCUUGGGAUUCCCUCCUGACGUAUGUUUGGUGGGGUUUCCCGUUCGGUUGAUUAGCAGAUAUAGCGCCGCGCACCGGGUCCCAAUUCAAAUCAUCCCAAAGACUAAGAAGUCAACUACAGUCUUUGGAGCUCUGUGGUCUACAAACUUGUUUUGUCAAGUUUUCUUGUCCUAAAAGUCGGUGAUGGAUGCCUUACGGUCGGCUGGAAGAGCUAUCAUCCGAAGUCCAAGUAUCGCGAAACGGUCUUGGAAUUCGGGCAAACAUAAAAAACUUCCUGAGAACUGGACCGACACGAGGGAGACUGUUGUAGAUGGCAUGACCUUUAAUCUCCGCCACCUAGGCAUGACCCUGGUGGACCAGGCCAAAGGAGAGGACCUAUCAGCAGCUGCUGUCAAGAGGAUCGUUGCCACGGCCAAAGCGGGAGGUAAGAAGCCUCAGAAGGUGUCUCUGAAGGUUUCUCCUCAGGGUAUAAUGCUCUACGAUAGUCUGACCAACCAGCUGCUAGACCACAUCUCCAUAUACAGGAUAUCCUACUGCACGGCGGACAAGCUGCACUACAAGGUGUUUGCCUACAUUUCCCAGAACGCCCUCAACGGAACACUGGAGUGCCACGCCUACCUCUGCUCCAAGAGGAAAGUGGCCCAGGCAGUGACUCUGACUGUAGCACAGGCCUUUAGAGUGGCCUUUGAGUUGUGGCAGGUUGCCAAAGAAGAGAAAGAGAACGGGGUGACGUCCGGCUCGGCUGGAGAAGCAACCGGCAUCUCCCAAUUAGAAGGAUCCAACAGCCUGGCUAGUCUGAAAGGAGAAGAUGUUGCCACGGGUAACCUACUGGACCUGGAGGAACGGACCCAUGUUGCCGUGGUUUUGGAAACCAAUGGCAACGAGGAAACCAAUGGCAACGAGGAGUUCCAGGUGGACGACGCUCCCGAGAACGUUGAUGACAACGACACUGUCUGGGAAAUCGAGGAAGACUUGGAUGAGGCUUUUUCUAGACUGGCGGUGUCCCGUACUAACCCCCACGUCCUGGACGUUGGGGUGACUCCCCAGGAUUGGCUGACGGAACCUGUCUGUGCCAAUGGGAACACAUGCAACCAGAACACCACCAAUGGAGAUGACUUCUUCCUUGUCUUCUGAUUGGCUACCGGAGGGCGACCGAGAAGCACAUUCUUCAGCUCUUUGGCCCAAUCCCAAAUCAACCCCUACGCUGGAGCUACAGUAUACCAUAUUUGUGUCCUCCUCUCAGGUCUGCACAAGUGCAUCGGUCUAGGGCUUGAGAUGGGGCCCAUGGAGUUGACUUUGGCUCCAUUCCAAACCGAUCCCUUGCCUCUAUCCUUAUUCCCUAGUUGACACCCUCCCCCUUAUACAUCUGAAAGGACUGCAUAGGUUGAGAGCUUUUGGUUGAAAUUCUGUCAUUGUUUUUUUUUUUUUUUUUUCAAGUUUCAACCAAGUUUUUAUAGAUACACGGGGCCACCAGGAGGAAUCUAUGGGUAGAGGCUAGGGAUUUGAAUUGGGACCUGCCCCCCCCCCCCAUCCUAUUUACUGUUACAACCUCUGCUGUUAUUUCAUUUCUAUGUACUGCAGUAGUAGAUAGUAUUACUACUUGGACCAUAGCAGUACUCUUUAGACCAUAGCAGUAUACAGUACUCUUUGGACCAUAGCAGUACUCUUUGGACCAUAGCAGUACUCUUUGGACCAUAGCAGUACUCUUUGGACCAUAGCAGUACUCUUUGGACCAUAGCAGUAUGCAGUACUCUUUGGACCAUAGCAGUAUGCAGUACUCUUUGGACCAUAGCAGUACUCUUUGGACCAUAGCAGUAUGCAGUACUCUUUGGACCAUAGCAGUACUCUUUGGACCAUAGCAGUAUGCAGUGCUCUUUGGACCAUAGCAGUACUCUUUGGACCAUAGCAGUACUCUUUGGACCAUAGCAGUACUCUUUGGACCAUAGCAGUACUCUUUGGACCAUAGCAGUACUCUUUGGACCAUAGCAGUACUCUUUGGACCAUAGCAGUACUCUUUGGACCAUAGCAGUACUCUUUGGACCAUAGCAGUACUCUUUGGACCAUAGCAGUACUCUUUGGACCAUAGCAGUACUCUUUGGACCAUAGCAGUACUCUUUGGACCAUAGCAGUACUCUUUGGACCAUAGCAGUACUCUUUGGACCAUAGCAGUACUCUUUGGACCAUAGCAGUACUCUUUGGACCAUAGCAGUACUCUUUGGACCAUAGCAGUACUCUUUGGACCAUAGCAGUACUCUUUGGACCAUAGCAGUACUCUUUGGACCAUAGCAGUACUCUUUGGACCAUAGCAGUACUCUUUGGACCAUAGCAGUACUCUUUGGACCAUAGCAGUACUCUUUGGACCAUAGCAGUACUCUUUGGACCAUAGCAGUACUCUUUGGACCAUAGCAGUACUCUUUGGACCAUAGCAGUACUCUUUGGACCAUAGCAGUACUCUUUGGACCAUAGCAGUACUCUUUGGACCAUAGCAGUACUCUUUGGACCAUAGCAGUACUCUUUGGACCAUAGCAGUACUCUUUGGACCAUAGCAGUACUCUUUGGACCAUAGCAGUACUCUUUGGACCAUAGCAGUACUCUUUGGACCAUAGCAGUACUCUUUGGACCAUAGCAGUACUCUUUGGACCAUAGCAGUACUCUUUGGACCAUAGCAGUACUCUUUGGACCAUAGCAGUACUCUUUGGACCAUAGCAGUACUCUUUGGACCAUAGCAGUACUCUUUGGACCAUAGCAGUACUCUUUGGACCAUAGCAGUACUCUUUGGACCAUAGCAGUACUCUUUGGACCAUAGCAGUACUCUUUGGACCAUAGCAGUACUCUCUGGACCAUAGCAGUACUCUUUGGACCAUAGCAGUACUCUUUGGACCAUAGCAGUAUGCAGUACUCUUUGGACCAUAGCAGUAUGCAGUGCUCUUUGGACCAUAGCAGUACUCUUUGGACCAUAGCAGUAUGCAGUACUCGUUGGACUGUGGUAGUAUUUGAACCAUAAUCAGUAUUAUUUACCUAUGUAUUUAUUUUGUGUUGGUUAUAAUUGUUUCUAACUAAAGAUGGGGAUGUGUAUGAUUUCAGUCAGAUUUAUAUUGAGAUUUAGAGCUAAACUAUCUGUCACAUUAUUAAGAUUUGGAUUAGUCUUCUACAUAAACACACUUGAUACUACAAAGCCUCAAUACAGACCAAGCAAGACAAUCAAUGUUGGUACUUCCUACUUUGUAUAGAGGAUGUAGUCUUUGCAUACCAGAGUUUAGUUCAGUUGCUAUGAAACAACAGAAAACACUUUGGGGGAAAAAGGUACUUCCUGAAUUUUUUCCCCCAACUUAUUCAAAACUAUUUAUCCUGUUUGUGCCUACUUACAUGUGACCCAGGAAAGUGAUGUACUAUAUUGAAACCCUUCCUACCAUGGCCAGUUUCACCCUGUUCUGUAGCCUGUCUUGAGCUUCAUGACCAAUGCACCAUGUAAUACACUGUAUACCAGCAGAACUUUGAAUAAAACUUAUUUUAAUCAUG